AAAUAGACAUCAGAGUCAAAAAUGACCUUAGAAUGUUCUGAUCAGUUGCUUUAAAAUAUACUGGAGUCAUUUCAGCCUACAAAAUUCCUUAUAAUUUUUGCUUAAAAGUGCUUACUAAAAGGAAAUGGAUUGGACUGGAGCAAUUUUGACAUUACUAUUUAUUUUUGCAACUAUGUUCCUUUUGAAAAAAGGCAGUUCCUGGAAUAACAACUCCUGCAAUCUCCCUCCGGGGCCCAGGACCAUACCCCUCUUGGGAAAUCUACAUAUGAUGGAUCUGAAGAAGCCUUUAAAAACAAUGAUAGAGUGGUCAAAAGAAUAUGGUCCCAUUUUUCGCAUCAAAUUGGGAUUCCAGGAGAUGGUGGUACUGACUGGCUAUGAGACGGUUGUAGAGGCUUUAGUGAACCAGGGAGAUGCAUUUGCAGAGAGAGCCUCUAUCCCCUUUUUUGAGGAUGUUGCAAAGGGUUUUGGUCUUGUUUUUGCUCAUGGUGAGAACUGGAAAGUGAUGCGACGCUUCACCACUUUACGGAUGUACGGAAUGGGCAAAAGGAUCAUCGAAGACAAAAUCACAGAAGAGUGCAGUAUCUUAAUAAAAACAAUUGAGACUUAUGCAGGAAAACCCUUUGAUAUCACAACAAUUCUUACUGCUGCUGUUUCCAACAUCAUAGUUUUUAUCCUAUUUGGGAAACGCUAUGAAUAUAAAGAUAACCAAUUUCAGCGACUACUGAAGAACAACAGUGAAAAUUUCCAGCUUUCAGGAAGCCCUGCUAUGCGGGUAAUCUAUUUUUUUUUUAAUUUUAAAAAAUGUUAUGAAAAACAGACAGCACAAUGGAGUCAUAUUUGUCAUUUUGUUCUCCCAGGUAAAGUCCAAGAGGAAAUUGCAAAAGAGAUUGGUGAUCGUGAGCCAAGGACUGACUUUCGAGCAAAAAUGCCUUAUACUGAUGCCGUAAUUCAUGAAGUUCAAAGGUUUGCUGAUGUUGUCCCCACCAAUUUGCCCCAUGCAACCACCAUGGAUGUAACUUUCAAAGGCUUCUUCAUUCCCAAGGGCAUGUACGUACUUCCCUUGCUGACUUCUGUGCUCCGUGAUGAAUCUCAGUGGGAGAAACCUCAUGAAUUCUAUCCUGAGCAUUUUCUUGAUUCUAAAGGAAAAUUUGUGAAGAGGGAUGCAUUCAUGCCAUUUUCUGCAGGUCGGAGAGUAUGCGCAGGUGAGAACCUUGCCAAAAUGGAGCUCUUCCUCUUCUUUACUGGCCUUCUGCAGAAAUUUACCUUUCAUCCACCCCCAGGAACUUCUAAAGAUGACCUGGACCUGACCCCUGUUGUUGGACUUACCUCCACUCCCAUGCUGUACAAGACUUGUGCUGUGUUACGCUGAUCUGUCACAAAAAAAUUAUAAGAAGUUGUUUUCUCAGUCUUGAAUUCCCUUCAUUUUUAGAAGCACAAUUUAAUAAUGAAUCCAGUAUUGUCUUCAUUUCAUGUGUUGUUUAGAAGAUGAAUGGUAAUAACCUAUAAAUUAUAUGAAAGAAUAUAAUCAGAAAAUUCUGGUCAAAAUAUUAACUCAGGUAACAAAUGAGAUUCAGCAAUAUUCAAAUACUUCCUUUUUCUUGGAAAGCAGUUGUAAUUGCUGUCUAACAGGAGGAACGACCCAACUUGUCAAUUAGCAUUGUGACCCAUCUGAUUACAUAUUCUGGAUAAUAAAGUCUUUACCACAAAAACACUAAAUGUUUUUCUAAAUAAACUGCAGAGAUUGAUGAGACUGGGUUGGUUCCAAGAGAUACAUGAACAAUAACGAUAGAUGCAUUGGGAGAGUGAGGACAAGGGUUUGGGGUAGUGGGUAUUCUAAGGGGAAGAAGGCACACAGUGACAUCAUGGUGAUGACAAACAUGGGAAGAUAUAGUCAGACACAGCAGCAGGUCAUUCUUGAGGAAGGCUGCCUUGGUAUUUGGUAUCAUUGUUGCAUUCCAGCCCCUUCUGCUUCCUCCCAAAACUUUACAUCCUAGCUUCCCCAUGUUUUCUUGCUGAUUCCCAAUGCCAGUUUAAUAUGUAAUCAGGCUGACCUGAUGCAUG